CGGUCGUGGCCACUGCUCCACGCACCGUGUCACAGUCGGCGUUAAACAUAAAAAAAUGUUUAAAUAAAAUAAAAACCCAUUUCGAGCCAAGUUGCUUUAAUUCAGAGCAUCCGAGGUCUCGCUUUGUGGAUGUUCCGUGUUUUUUUGUUAAAGUAAACACCCGCAUGUUUUUUUACGUUCAUUUUGCGUUAGCAUCGCAGCCGCGUUUAUCUGUCUCUUUGAAAAAAAAAUUGCUUUAAUUUCUGCGUCUUUUGUUUGUUUAUAUAUGAACAUACUUCGUGCAUAUGUAACGCUGGUUCCCGGCUGCGAAGAACGUUGAUUAACAUCGGACGUGUGACACCUGGAACGCCAUCUUCAUAAUGGCGUGCGCGGUGGCCACCCCGGUGCUGGAGCAAAGCGGGGACUUCCCGGCGUGGCUGGAGGCGCAGGGCGUGAACGCGGAGGUGGCCCGGGCCAUGGACUCGGAGCUGGGCAUCCGGGACUACGGGGUCCUGAGCGCCUGCGUCAGGGACGGCCUCGUGCGGGCCGAGCUGCUGGCCACGGCGCGCGACCGUCUGCCCUUCGGCUUCUACGCCGUGCUGCGGCAGGUGGUGAAGGCCUUGCAGGGCGCUGAGCAACACGACGUUGGGACGCCGCGCUGGGACGACGGCGCCACCUCCUCUCCUGGCGACGUGACGCUGGGAGGCCUGGUGGACGUGCUGCUCGCGCUGUUCAGCGGCUUGAGCCGGGAACUGCUGCUGUCUGUGCGGAGGCUUGGAGGCAUUGACGACACUGGGAUUUACUCUGGUGACCCAACUCUACCCGUCACUGAGGACUGGUCCUGAGGCUACGAUGAAAGCUGAAGAGGAACAUCUCUCAGAAUGCGAUGCUCGUCCCACGGAGUCCAGCUUCAUCCCUGCCCAGAUGAAUCAUAGCAUUAAAGUGGAAUCAUUUGACGUAGAUAACAGGACCCCGGAGGAGGAAUUUGGAAUGGAUGUUCAAGCCGUUUUCCCACUGCAGCAUGCCGAGCAAGCGAACCUCAUGAAUGAAGCCGAGGCUGGCCUGUCCUCAUCACUGCUGCAGCACGAGGCAUCUAUCGAAGCGAAGAGAAAGAAAGCAGCUGUUGUUUCCGUUAUGGAGCACACAACCCUGCCCCUGUCGGAAGACGCAUCAGUCCAUCAAAGUGCUGCGAGUUGGAGCGACGGGCAGCAGAACAUCACACACAGCUUGGAGAAUGCGGAGAUGCCACAUCGAUGUGAGCAGUGCGGACUUGGCUUCUCGCAGAGCAGCACUCUCAAGCGCCACCAGCGCAUGCACGCGGGGGGUAACCCGCAUGGUUACUACGCGUACAGCUACGCGGUGCGAGGCUACGGAGGCAUCGGGCACCGCUCGAAGAUGCACGCGGGCGAAUCCGUAUUGCAGCAGUCCCCGCACCUGCAGAAGUUUCACGCGCUCGUUCACGCAAGGCAGAAGCCCUACCAGUGCGGGAUGUGCAGCAGAUCCUACUGGAGCGCCGCUCAGCUGAAGGAUCACGAGCGCUUGCACACGGGCGAGAAGCUGCACCAGUGUGAGCUGUGUGGCCAGGCCUUCUUGCGGGCCGAUCACCUCAAGAACCACCGGCGCGUGCACACGGGCGAGAAGCCGUUCCAGUGCAACAUGUGCGACCAGGCCUUUUCACGCGCACCCAACUUGAAGCGUCACCAGCUGGUGCACACGGGCGAGAAGCCGUACAGGUGUGAGGUGUGCGGCAAGGCGUUCUCGCACGCGGCGACGCUGACACGGCACAACCGCAUACACACGGGCGAGAGGCCGUACCAGUGCAGCAUGUGCGACAAAGCCUUUGCGCAAGACAACUCCCUGAAGAAGCACUGGAAAACCCACAUGAGGGAAGAGGCACCCAAAUCAAGGGGCUUCCUCAAGCAGAGGAGAGAAAACAUCUGCACCGAAGUGUUGGCCGCCAAGCCGGCGUUCAUGGCGUGCGCGGUGGACACCCCGGUGCUGGAGCCGAGCGGGAACUUCCCGGCGUGGCUGGAGGCGCAGGGCGUGAAUGCGGAGGUGGCCCGGGCCAUGGACUCGGAGCUGGGCAUCCGGGACUACGGGGUCCUGCGCGCCUGCGUCGGGGACAGCCUCGUGCGGGCCGAGCUGCUGUCCACGGCACGCGACCGCCUACCCUUCGGCUUCUAUGCCGUGCUGCGGCAGGUGGUGAAGGCCCUGCAGGGCGCUGAGCCCCACAACGCUGAGACGCCGCGAUGGGACGACGCUGCUUCCUCCCCUGGCGACGUGACGCUGGGAGGCCUGGUGGAGGUGCUGCUUGCGCUGUUCAGCGGCCUGAGCCGGGAGCUGCUGCUGUCCGUGCAGAGGCUGGAUGCUUCUAGAGCGUGCGCUGGGGACUCCACUUUAGCCACUCUUGAAAACAACGUGAUACUUGACAUCGAUGAUAAUGCAGUGAACGCAGAAAAAGUUGGGAAGGACGUUGGAAGCAGUGGAGACGACAGCCCCAAGGAAACAUUGCAUGCAAUAAAGACAGAGGCUCUGGAAGAUAUUAACGACGUGGAGAGGCAUUCAGACUUCAUCGUGAAAGAUGUGGUCUCACUCAAAGGCAUGGCAUUGGACCAUGCGAACGCUUCCAAAGUUGGCACAUUUUCACAGAAGCAGCAGCACAUGGGAGGUAAAACGCAAGGCAACUCCGAAACUGAAGAGGCAUCUCCGCGUGUUGCGUACCCACCAAUGCCAGCAACGAUGCUGCACAUUUCCGAGGAGCAGGUGAUAAUGAUCGGUAUCGAAGGUCUAUCGAACAAGGAACACGAUUACAUUCUUGAUGACCACAAUCUUGAAGAACAGCAGCUUUGUAGAAAAGGGUUUCUAAUUUCGAGCUUCCCAAAAGUGAACAAACCCGUAGUGGAUAAGCCCUACCAGUGCCCCGUGUGCAAAAGGAGCUUUGCGAAGCUUUCCUACUUAAAGUGCCACCAGCGUAUACACACGGGAGAGAAGCCCUUCCGCUGUAAGAUGUGCAGCCAGUCGUUCGUGCAAGCCUCCAACUUAAAGACUCACGUUCGCACACACACAGGGGAGAGGCCGCGAAGCGCUCCUGCGUGCAACUUCAACGAUCAUCAACUUAACAUUUGGCGUCUCGUUACGCGUUUAUUUUUUUAUUCUUUCUCUAAAUGUGCGUAUUUGCGACGUUUAAUCGCGCUUAAAGAACCGACAGAUUCUCGCCCUACCUACGUAAAGAUGGCGUGCGCAGUGGCCACCCCGGUGCUGGAGCCGAGCGGGGACUUCCCGGCGUGGCUGGAGGCGCAGGGCGUGAACGAGGAGGUGGCCCGGGCCAUGGACUCGGAGCUGGGCAUCCGGGACUACGGGGUCCUGCGUGCCUGUGUCAGGGACGGCCUCGUGCGGGCCGAGCUACUGGCCACGGCGCGCGACCGCCUGCCCUUCGGCUUCUACGCCGUGCUGCGGCAGGUGGUGAAGGUCCUGCAGGGCGCUGAGCCCCACGACGCUGGGACGGCGCGCUGGGACGACGCCGCAACCUCCUCCAACCCUGGCGACGUGACACUGGGAGGCCUGGUGGACGUGCUGCUCGCACUGUUCAGCGGCUUGAGCCGGGAGCUGCUGCUGUCUGUGCGGAGGUUGGGAGCCAUGGACAACCAAGGAACAUGUACUGGGGUUUCCACUUCAGCCACAAGAGUGGUCACACCUGAGGACAACACGAUGCAUGAAAUGGAUGAAUACACAAUGAAUGUCUCCUCAGAUGAGCUUGGAGAGACCCCAGACUCGGACAGAGAGGACGCCAACCCCAACCAGACAUUACAUGUGAUCAAAGCAGAGGCGUGUGGAGGUACUUAUAAUUACAACAAAGGGAAGAACAGGGCCCAAGAAACGGGCGGCUUGAACUGCAGUCAAGUUGAGUGCACACUGAAAAGUGAGACCUGUGGAGAUGAAGGUGGAGAGAAACUGGCUUCAGAAGUGGACGACCCUGAUCUCAACCAGACAUUAAUCGCGAUAAAAACGGAGGCCCAUGGAGGAAAAAGCAACAUCGUCCAAGAUGUAAACGUUCUUCAAGAGGUGGGACUGGACCUCACGGACUCUAUCAAGGCUGGUGCACAUCCCUGGACACGGCAACCGCAGCAGCAGCGGCAGACGGGCAGCGAAACGCACGGAAGUGACGCUGACGCCGCAGAGUUACCCCUCAGCGUCGUCUACACGCCCGCUCCGCUCGUCAGCGGACAAACUCUCCAACAGGAGGCGCCGGGCCUAAACGUGUCUCCGUUGAACGAUGAGCCGUGCCCUCCUCUCCAUGACGUCGACCUCCUAGAGUUUCACGUUGGCCAGCAGUGGACCGUGCAGUCUGGCUCGGGCGCUGGCGAGAGGCCAUACCAGUGCACGGUGUGCAGGAAGAGCUUCUCGCAGAACUGCCACCUCAAGGACCACCAGCGCACGCACACGGGCGAGAAGCCGUACCGCUGCAAGAUGUGCGGCCAGUCGUUCACGCAGAAGUCGCACCUCAAGGCGCACCAGAGCACGCAUACGGGCGAGAAGCCAUACCAGUGCAAGCUGUGCCACCAGUCUUUCUCGCGCAACGGCAACCUCAAGGUGCACGUGCGCACACACACGGGCGAGAAGCCCUAUCGCUGCGGCGUGUGUGGCCAGGAGUUCUCGUACCUCUACCGAUUCAAGCACCACCAGCACAAGCACGCGGGCGAGAAUCUGUACCGCUGUGUCGUGUGCCCGCAGACCUUCGCGGACUUCAACGCCCUGAUGAGCCACCAGAACGCACACCUGGGGGAAAGGGAUAAACGAUCACUGAUAAGGGCGUUGACAGCCAGCGACGGCUUCCCCCGCCAGCUGCGUUCCCGUGACAGAAUCGGAAUCUUUCGUCCCGGAGGAGGAAAUCCGAGGCGCUGCGAAGCUCUUUGGUGCUUUAUCUGCAUCCGUCACCUCCAACCCUCUGAUCCCAGCCCUGCAACAACCGUGACCUCAACACAGACUCCACGCCUAUCUUCUUGCACGAUACCCAUAAAGAGGAGAUUCUACAUCAGAAUGGCGUGCGCGAUGGCAACCCCAGUGCUUGAGCCUAGCGGAGACUUCCCGGCGUGGCUGGAGGCGCAGGGCGUGAACGAGGAGGUGGCCCGGGCCAUGGAUUCGGAGUUGGGCAUCCGGGACUACGGGGUCCUGCGCGCCUGCAUCGGGGAUGGCCUCGUGCGGGCCGAGCUGCUUUCUACGGCGCGCGACCGCCUGCCCUUCGGCUUCUACGCCGUGCUGCGGCAGGUGGUGAAGGCCCUGCAGGGUGCCGAGCCCCACGACGCUGGGACGCCGCGCUGGGACGCUGCGCCAUCUCAGGGCGAUGUGACGCUGGGAGGCCUGGUGGACGUGCUGCUCACACUUUUCAGCGGCUUGAGCCGAGAGCUACUGGUUUGCGCACAGAGGCUGGGAGACUUUGAUGGUGCUGGGGCCAGUGCCGGACGCUCCAUUUCGGACAGCAAGGAAAUAAUUUUUGAGGAAAAAGCAAUGGAUGAUGCGGAUGAUCAAGAUGUCGAUGGUAAAAAAAAUGAUGGGCACACCCGGGCCUCAUCAGAGGUAGGAGACUGCAGCCCAAACCCGUCGCUGCACAUGAUCAAAACCGAGGCAAGCUGCGCUGACGGUGAUCAUCAGAGUCCCACGUCGUACCAGAGAGACUCCAGCCCCAGCCAGACGCCACCCAGGAUAGAAAGAGACGCGUGCGGAGGUAAUUCGGGCUUUGUCAUCCAACAAGUGACCUCGCUUCAGGAGAUGGGACUGGACCUAACGAAUGCAACCAAUGUUGACUCCUAUCCCUGGCUUCAACAGCAGCAGCAGCAGCAACAGCAGCAGCAACAACAGCAGCAGCUGCCGGUCGACAAAAUACAAAUUGACACUGGCUGCACGGUCCCGCCCAUGUGUGCCGCGUACCUGCCCAAGCCGCUCACUGAAGACCACAUUGACAGGCAGGACGAGGCACCGUCCAGGAGCGACACUCUGCCUCCUGCCGCCGCCGCCGCCGCGUACCACGUGCCGAACUUUAAGCUGGUGCGGCGGCGGCGCAUGCUGCCGGUUCCCGUGCCGGCGAUUGCGGGCGGUGAAGACAACAAGCCGUUCCGGUGCAGCGUGUGCGCCCAGCGCUUCUCGCAGCGCGGCAACCUCAAGACGCACCUGCGCACGCACACGGGCGAGCGGCCGUACCGCUGCGCGACGUGCGGACAGGCGUUCUCGCAGAGCGCCCACCUUAAGUCGCACCAGCGCACGCACACGGGCGAGAAGCCCUUCCGCUGCAAGGUGUGCGGCCAGAGCUUCUCGCACAGCGGCAACCUGAAGGCGCACCAGCGCACGCACACGGGCGAGAAGCCGUACCGCUGCAGCAUGUGCGGGCAGAAGUUUUCAUACUACUGCAGUCUCAAGCGUCACCAAUACAUGCACACGGGCGAGAAGCCCUUCCAGUGCUCGGAGUGCAAUCGUGCAUUCCUCGACCUGAGCAGCCUCAAAAGCCACCUCAACGUCCACCGACGCUACAAGCUCUCGUAGGGGCGGUGGCGGUGAUGCUGGGAUAAUUGCCACCGAGUCGAGGGUUGGAUAUGACACCAUGUGCGAAGCUCAAACCGUUAUCUUGGCUCAAGUAAUAACCUUGAACAGAAAGCCUUGACUGAAACAUGUAUAGCGAGUGUUUGUGGUAACCGUAAUGCUAAUCCUUCACGAAUCCCCAGUCUCAAAUCUAUCUGGCUUGACCACCUGAAUGUGAAAUUGUAGUUGUUGCUCUGCGAAAGAAGAAGUCAAAACCAAAUCCCUAGCCUCUUUCAUAAUAAAACCUAGUCCUAAUGCAAUACAAUGCGAGCCCUAGCUUAGCAAAGACCUUGCCAUAACCAACUCUUUCCGUAGCCCAGAAUUAAUCCAAGGAAUCCUUUAAUGCUACCCCUAACCCUGACAAAAUAUUCUAUCUCAAGAUUUAAACUCUAGCCACCUCUCUCCGAGCCACAGGCCACACUGUAAUGUUUCCAAUCAUGAAUUAAGGCCAGGGUUGACAAACAAGGCAUUGCUGUGAAUACGGCGCCCGACAGGUGACAGAUGAGCUUCACUUUUUGAAAACGCAUGCCGUUACGGUGUCUUCGAUGGACACCUGGUCUCGGUUUCAAAUGACACUUGCGUUUCCCAAUGAGCUCUUACUUGGUGAAACAAAUCGGUUACUGACCAAUGGCAACGAGUGACCACCGAAUGCCACCUCGGCUACAGGAACCGAUGGAUGGAUGACGGAUCGAAGGGAUUCAUGUGUUUUUACGGGAAGACCAGGCAACACACAGCCGUUAUGAUAGAUAAUUGAUGCACCGCAACAAGAGUGACAGGCUCAGCACCAGUGAUGAUUUGUAUCUGGGGCCAAUAAGCCCAUCCUUAUUAACAACAGUUAACCCCCUGAUGUGUCCUUCACUCAUAGGCACUCGCGUUCAAGUUCAAGAGGUCAUCAUGGACAAUGCCAUUUAUGCCAUGCCACACCUCGCUGUCAUUGCUUUCACUUCGGCCGGAUCCUGCAUUCCGGCAGAUGGACUUAAUGUUGAGGGUGUCGAUAUGUGUGCCACCCCCAUAUCAGAGGUCGCAACCGGGUACCCGAUACCCUACCCGAUACCCGGCUACCCGUACCCGGCCGGGUACGGGUACCCGUUUGCGACCCUGGUGCGGUCGGGUACGGGUAGGCCGUGAGUCACUGGUGAGUAACUGUCACUCAUUUCCCAACGUCUUGUCUCUUCUCACAAUUCAAGUUCCUAGAAUCAACCCACCCGCGCCUGCAACAUGGCUUCAUCCGUACCCUACCCGGGUACGGGUACGGCCGGGUACGGGUACCCAUUUGCGACCCUUGGUGCUGCGGGGUACGGGUAAGGAAUCAAAACCCGUUUUCUCCCUCUACUUUCUCCUCCUGGUAUUGGUUCCCAUUCAUGUGGGACUGCCUUCCUCAGCCACUCCAUUUAUUCCCGUCCUGGGCGAUCCCCAUGCCCACUCCACGGUACUUUAUAUCCUGGUUUGCCACUUCGUACACCGCAAUCCCUUUCUAGGUGAGCGUGUGUGGACAAUGUUUGAGGAACAUUGGGGAGCCGCAGUUGAACAUUUGAGUGCAGUGGUUGUGAUGCAGAAGAUGCGUUUCUGUAACCCAGUAACGCGGAGAAAGGCUUCGUGGAUCGUGGACAGAUGGUACUGUGAUGUGCCUCAUAAAAUCACUUGCAUGGGCGUGCAGGAUAGCAGCACACGUGACUCUUGAAUAUCGCGGGGCGGGGUGGAUACGUUCUUGGAAAGUGCCACUAAAGUCAAAACCGCAAAAUUCAAUAUUUAAUCCUUACAUAAAUAAUGAGGUUAGGUACACGGCAACCAAAUAAUAGACAGUGUCUCAAUUAAAAUAAGUACUCUACUAUAUGCCUAAUACACUAAAAGCCAAGUAGUUGAAAUAAUAAUGUUAAAACCCGAUUCAAAAGCAUUCGCAGACAAUAAAGCGUAUAAAUACUGUUCUUACCGAUGAUGAUGAUGAUCCAAAGUGGGUGUAUAUGUGCGUGUGUUUGUCAUCUCAGUCGACCCAUGGCACCUGGGUCUGCCCCGUGACCUCCUGCCAGUGGGCGUUCGACACUUCACAUGGCCUCAACGUCGUGCACAUCGCCUGGCACAAGCACCGUGGUGACUUCGCCACCAAUUAGUGGCGACUGGCGGUUGAUUGUCCGUGAGUGGGGAGGAAUAGUGCUACGAUUAAUUCGCUGCGCUAUGAACCCAGCAACCCAAUUUAGAUUCCUGCUCACGCCCAACACCAAUGACGAUUAUCUAAAUCGGUCCUGGGCCUCCCCUGGGUCAGCUUAUCUACUCGGUACCUGGUGUGGUGCGUAAACAUCGCUACUGGGGAGACAAACAUGACUGGGUGUGGUGCUGGCUACCUACCCCCACGUGUGCCGUGCCAGCCUUCAUAGGUGCUCGCUAACAGCACUUGCCCCAACAGUCUGUUAAUACUCUGGUUCUGUCUGUGAAGUCACGUAGGUUCCCGAAAGAACCAAAGAGUAUGGAUUCCUGCAGUCACGAAAGCUUCAAAUCAAGUCUGUUAAUAGGUUAUACGGGGGGCGUCUUUGUCCGCGAGAUGCUUGCACGACCAAAGGUUUAGGUGCGACUGACUGCCUCGCGUCUCUCACCCGCCCCGCACUGCGGUAUCAGCCAUACAACACCAAAAACUAACCACCUCGAUAGCUAAAUUGCAACAGAAAAAGGUUGCCUGCAAUAGGUAGAAACCGCGAACGAUCACCCCCGUGAUAUUCAAGGGUCUCCUGUACUGUGAGCAGGUGUCUUUGCUGGCUGCCUGUACACAUGUGCACUGUGCAGCCUUUAAUGGGUAAAAUAUAAUUUCCAAUCUUAGGCAAUAUCUUUGUGUUCUCUCUCUCUACUCUAUUUACUUUUAUCUAAUAAUUCACAGCCCUUUAACAACCCAUGACUGGAUGGAGGCCUUCCCACGCUGUGUCAAUUUUGAUUAAUGCUUUCACUCCACUGCCAACAGUCCCUGAAACUUUUGUUCAGCUAUCUUCAUGUAUGGAGAUUUUCUGAUGGUCGUUGAGCCAUUGACCCAAAAGUUGCUUAUCGGCAGGUACCACAUAGGGUGUCAAAUGCUAACAAUAAUUUUUUCAUUACUUUUAUCUCUCGAUCACAAAUAUGUAUAAUAGUAAGGUCACCAUAUAACUUUUAAUAAAACAGUUUGAAAAAGGGUAGAAUAUGAUAAGACAUUUUUUGGAUAUAAAAAAUAACUCAUGUUGAGCUGAAGUGUGAGUACUUACACCUCUUCCAAGACAUCUGGCCAGCGUGGAAGAGUAGACUGAAUAUGGUCAUAUAGAGAUCCCUCUAUGCAAGGACCCUCCUUCCACCAGUGAGGUGCGCAAGCAAUUUCAGGCCUGCACCUUCACCUUGAUAUGAAACAUCGACAGAAUAUGAAACUAAAUAUAAAGUGUCUAUAAGACUGACAAUCUUAAUUCGAAGCUUUCGUGACUGCAGGAAUCCAUACUCUUUGGUUCUUUCGGUAAAGUCACGUGGGGUAGAAAAUAAAAUAAAUCACGACG